UGUAUAUUCUGCAUUCUCUGCCGGUGUGGAUAUUUUUUGCAAUCGAAAAGCAGAACUAAAAGCUAGAAAUUAACACAUCUAAACCUUAAAGUGUGAAAAAUCAAACGAAUUUAUUGAAAAACUAUUCGAAGUGCCGUAGUGUGCAAAGUAGAUAAGGGUUCACCAAUUGGGAUUUGGCGCCGAAAUAGUACAUUUUUCUAUUGCCAUUCCGGCAUUGUGUGGUGUGUAUAACAAAAUGGCGUCCUCGCAAGUCUCAAACAAAUCGGGCUCCGGCUGGCCCCGGCGCGGUAGCCAAGGCCAAGCAGAUGCCAGCAUUAGCAACAAUGGUACACAAAAAUAUGCUCCGAAUCAAGCAUUAACCAUAAAUCGCACAAUCAAUCUUUACCCAUUAACGAAUUACACAUUCGGUACCAAGGAGCCGCUCUUUGAGAAAGAUCCAUCUGUGCCGUCACGUUUUCAACGUAUGAGAGAAGAGUUCGAUCGGAUUGGCAUGCGUCGCUCUGUAGAAGGAGUGCUCUUAGUGCACGAGCACGGUUUACCUCAUGUACUCUUGCUGCAGCUCGGCACCACAUUUUUCAAGCUACCGGGUGGUGAGUUGAAUGCGGGUGAGGAUGAAGUUGAAGGUCUCAAACGAUUGCUUUCUGAGACGCUGGGCCGUCAAGACGGUGUUAAGCAAGAUUGGAUUGUCGAGGACACGAUUGGCAAUUGGUGGCGUCCAAAUUUCGAGCCACCGCAAUAUCCAUACAUUCCACCACAUAUAACUAAACCAAAGGAACACAAGCGACUGUUCCUGGUGCAGCUACACGAAAAGGAUACGGACAGGAACGCCAGUUACGAUGUACCUUGAGCUGUUCCAUAAUAGCGCCGUGUUGUGUUGUGUAAUCUCACGCAUCUGGCAUCUGCCCAACCAAGCAUAGAGCUCUUCCUCAACGCUCUACUCUCAAGAGUGCAAAACAAACAGAAAUGAAAAGAAUCAGAAACAGAUCGCAUAAUGGCCCCGAGGCGCAUAUCAUUUUAAUUAGUUCGUCGAUUCUAGUUCAAAACUUUUUGUACAAAACUUCAAAUUGUAUUUGUUGCUCUCUAGAGUUGUUGGCAUAUUUUGCGCAUAUCCCAAAAUUCUUUGAUUGUUCAUGUUGUAUUAAUUUUGUAAAUAUGUCGACAUUUCUGUAAGCCAGAGAGCGCAAUCCUACACACGAUACUCUAUCUAUCUAAUUUGUUUAUUCUUUUGGAUUAUGUGUUGAGCCGUUCUAUUGUAAUCGGGCAGGCAGUGAAUAGUUUAGCUGAGAAGUGCAUUGUAAAAGUUACCGGUUGUCGUCUGUUAAUGCGCACAAAUCUCGCGUGUUGUGCAGAUUUGCGUGCAUUGCAAAUGCAACUGGACUAGGCAGGCAGUCGUUACCCGCUCCUUAAAUAAUUUUUAAGCACUCGUUUAUGUAACAAUUUAAUAACUCUGUGUUUAUAGUAUUUCCUUGACAUCAUCCAUUGUGCAACACUCGCACCUUGUAUAAUGUAUGUUGCUUUUAAUGGUAAUUGAAAUUAUGUUCAUAUC